GAGAAAAAGGAGAGAAUCCCAGAGAACUGGAGAGAGAAAAGACACACACACAUGCUUGCCGAAGGGGGGGAGAGAGAGAGAGAGAGUAGUGAGAGUGCUUCGUUGUCAAAAGGGAAAAGAUUCCAGAGAGAAGCCUUCAGCUUCUCUGUGACCAGCUGUGCUUUCAGACCUAAAGGCCCUUCACCACCAUAAAGGCCAUAUUCCUUUGGGACUGAGAGCAGUGCUUAUUUAUUUAUUUUUUUUUGGAAAACAAAGUUGCUGUGGAGAUGACUUGUGGGUCAAGGAGAGGCCCCUACGGACUGUGCUGUCUCUGACCGCCACCCACCACCUCUCUCUUCUUCAAGCUUAGGCUGGGAGGCCCCCUUCUCCUGCUCUCCUGUGGACAGUCUGUGGGGGCAUUUAUGCUGCCAGGAUCCCCAGUUUGAAAAUUCAUCUCUGGAGUCCAGCAACAGAAGCAGCAGCACUGGCAGCAGCAGCAGCGCUGGCAACAGCCGCAGAAAGAAAGCCUUCUCAUCCUCCAGCCCCUACGCCUUCUUUCCCUCUUAUUCCUCAAUUUCAGAGGCAACCCCAGUUUCUUGAACUCCUCCAGCUAUGUCGGACCCUGAUGUUGCCAGGGGCCCUGAUCCCACAGCUAUAUGGCCCCCUAGUGCUAGGGGAGCCUGAGCGCUGCCUGGAGAGAGGCCUCUCCACUUUGUGCAGCCCCUGUCCCGUUUGCUAGGGACCAUGAGUGGGGGUAAGAAGAAAAGCAGUUUCCAGAUCACCAGUGUCACCACAGACUAUGAAGGUCCUGAGGGAUCUGGAGGAGGCGACUCCCCUACAGCUAUGGUUUCUACCUUACCCACUCCUCGUCUUCCCAAUGGGGAGCCUAGCUCAGAGCUGGGAGGCAAAGGGACCCCUCGCAAUGGCUCCCCACCUCCUGGGGCCCCAGCAUCACGUUUCCGGGUAGUGAAGCUUCCCCAGGGACUAGGGGAACCGUAUCGUCGAGGGCGUUGGACAUGUGUGGACAUUUAUGAGAGAGACCUGGAAGCCCCUGGACUUAGCCGGCUCCUGGAAGGAAUUCGGGGAGCCACUGGAGGGACUGGAGGUCGUUCUUUGGACUCUAGGCUAGAGUUGUCCAGUUUGGGCCUGGCUUCCCUGAACUCCCAGCCUCAGGGCCCAACUAAUUGGCUUCGCCCACCCCCAACUUCCCCUGGCCUUCAGGCCAGAUCUUUCACUGGGGGACUAACCCACCUGGCAGGGGGCAAGGGGAGGGCUGAAACUCCACCCCUUCCAACUUCUUCACCCCAGCAGCAUCCCCUGGAACCCAGUGAUGGGGGCAGUACAGGGGUACUGGCACCACAUGCCUCAACCCAGCUGCCUACCCUUUGGGUAGAGACAGAGAUGGGACCCCCAGCAACAACUUCUCCAAUCAUUAGAAAGAAGGAUGGAGCCCCUUGGCUGAGGAAAGAGGAGGAGGAAAGAAGACAGCUCCCUCUCCAAGGCUCCCGACCUGGCUCUCCAGCCCUCUCCCUCCUCCAGGAUACCAAUCUCAACCGGAAAUCCUCAGACCCCUUUGGAGCCUCUGUUCAGCGCCUGAAUCUGGCUCGAUCUAUGCUUGCAAUUGGUAGCCCCCUUGAUGGUGAUGAUGACAGUGGCUCUGGAAGCAUGGUUGCCAUUGACAACAAGAUUGAACAAGCCAUGGACUUGGUGAAGUCUCACCUAAUGUUUGCAGUUCGGGAGGAAGUAGAAGUUCUGAAGGAACAGAUCCGAGAACUUGCUGAACGAAAUGCAGCCCUGGAGCAAGAAAAUGGAUUGCUUCGGUCUCUGGCCAGCCCUGAACAGCUGGCCCAACUUCCAGUCUCUGGGACCCCUCGCCCGGGAUCCCUUGCCCCAAAUGGGCCCUCUUCAUGAGCCUCCCUUCCCUCACAAUGUGCCUUUAAGGGCUGUCACUGGGAUGGAGACCUCUGUCCUAGAUUCCCAGGCCUUUUUUGCCUUCUCUUCCUAUGCAGCUUUAAUGUUAUGAGAACUGGUGAUAGAAUGUUUGAGGUUGAGAUUUGUCUUCCUCCUUCCCACCUUCCACCAAACCCAAGGGGCUGGGCUAAUUUUCCCCAAAGAUGAGGGACUGGGUCAGAAUAUACCUAGGCCUAGAUGGGAAAGGGUUUCAAGGUUGAGGUGCAAGAUGGAGCCACUACUUCUGAGAGUGGGCUCCCAGUUCAACCUUUCCCUUGCCAUCCCUCUGGGUGAUAAGUGGUCCCCUCCCUCCCUAGUUCUUUAAGUAUCUGGGACUCCCCAAAUUAGGAGGACCCAGAGAGAGCUGGGUAUUUUAAACAGAGACCACUUUCCUAUCUCUCAAAGUCUCUUCAUUGGGUUCAACCAAAAGAGGGGAUAUAGGCAGUGUCCCAAGAUUUUGGGAUUCAGGUUGUUAUUAAAAUAAUAUAAUAAAAAAAAUCAGAAGAAACUUGAAU